GUCUAUGAGGACGAUGAUACAUUUUAAUACAAGAUAAUAAUCCGUAAUCUUAUUCCGGUCCGUGCCGGAAGCUGCCGCUUCACUUGUUUACAUUCUUCGUGGAGCAACUAGCUGACAAAAAUGUUAGCAGAUUUCCCCAAACAAUGGGUGACAGGUGAUUAGGUUCGUCUGACUGUUACAGUCAUUUUUCAUCUGAAAUUUCUCGUAUGCGCGUUUUUCUUUUUUUUCUUUUUUUUUUUAUCUUUGUUAUUUGCGGACCAUGGGUUUAGCUCGCUGGAGCUGUUUCUGGGUAACCUUAGCGCUGCUCCAGCUGCGGUGGCUGGGGCUGAUGGUCGCCGCGGAGCAGGUCGCUUUGCUGGAGGUUUUCCUGGAGCAGCGGCCCGACGUCAAGGCUCAGCUGCAGGGGGAGGUGGUGGAGUCCAGUAGGAAACCCGAGGACCGAGACGAGGACCAAGAAGAGCUGGAGGGAGACCUGAUAUUGGUUCGAGAUGAGCAGAGCCAGGUAAGCGCCAGAGGAGACACAGAGGACACCACCAAAAAGCAGGAGCCCUGGAUCGGACUGGUGCCUGUGGAGAUGGAUGACAGCAAAGCCUCCACUGGGAACCAGGAGUCCUUUGCUGAUACAGUGGUCAACAGGAUGAAGAGAGCCCUGGUCCUCGGAGCUUCAGCGCUGAUCAUUCUGGCUCUCAACCAAAACACCGUCAGUGAGAUGGAUUUGUCUCAGGUGCUGUCCAAACCCAUCAUUGUGAUCCAGACGUCAGAGAAUGUCACCAAGCUGAUCGGAGCUCUGCUAAGGGGCCUUCAGGCGACGGCAAAAAUCACAUACAAGACCAUCCUGCAGGACAACCUGGGAGCCACGCUCACGCUGUGGUCCAGCUGCGGUCGAUCGAGAGGCGGUCGCUACGGGGAGUGGCAGGGGGUCAUCUGCACGGGGGAGACCAACUCUCAGGUCCAGAAGUACCUGCAGCAGCUGUGGGACACCGUCCUCCUGGUGGCUCUGAUCCUCAGCACAGGAGUCAUCGUUCAGGCCCGUUGGCAGAACCAGGACCAGCAGCUGAACGACGACCUAGAGCUUCUCCCCAAACAGGACGUCCUGAAGAGAAUGUCGUCGCUGAAGACCAAAACGUACCGCCAGCCCAAACCGUCGCAGCCGGUGGAGACGGACAACUGUGCCGUGUGUCUGGAGCCGUUCAACAACAACCAGUGUCUCCGGGUGCUGCCGUGUCUUCACGAGUACCACAGAGACUGCGUUGACCCCUGGCUGCUGCUGCAACACACCUGUCCUCUGUGCAAACGCAGCAUCCUCAGCAGCGUCUGCAAAGACAGUUAACGGACGCUUCAGCUCCGUCCCUGCUGCGGAAUCUCUUGAGAAUCUGAGAAUCAACUCAUCUCAACGUCUCCUCCUUUUUUUAUUUAUAUUAUAUUAUAUUAUAUAUAUAUAUAUAUAUAUAUUAUUUUUUUCUUUCCAAAACUGACCUCAAGGCUUCCUCCUCUCAGCAGUGGACUAUGGACUCGAGCAGCCUCUCGAGACUGUGGAGCAGUCAGGAUUUUAAACCUCUGACCUCGGCGCGGUUCUGCCCGUGCAGACGUGCUUUGGUGGUAUGAACUCGAUACUAUGAAGUACUGUGUCGGUACUGUCGUGUGUGAACAGCACUCCCUCCUGGAAUCUCGUUACUGUACAACCGUGGAAGUAUUUGUAUAUGUGUGAGCUACAAGUGACUCCGAGCAGGAUAAAAAAAAAAAAAAUUAAGCUUUUAAUCUGUAGAAACUGGUCAACCUCAGCGAGUAUUUAUGAAUCAGCUGCAUCCACAUUCAGUGAUUUCUGGUUUGAAGCAUGGACCCAGCAUCGAUAUUCACCUUAGAUCCAAGUGAUGCUGAUGACUAACUACCAAAGUGGACUAAUGUAAAGUGUUGGUUUUUAGAGGUUCUGUGAGUCAGUGUGAACUUGUUGGUAAAAUAUGUGGAAAAAAAGUGUUUGCACGUGUCCUUAAGUACAGAGACCCGAACCACCAGGAGCACGUUCUUAAUUAUUCUUUAAAUAUCGGAUUCGUAUGCAACAGCGGCUCAAUUAAUUGCUCAGUUUGAAACAGGUGCGUUAUCAGUUUGUAGCUCAUGUGACCGCAGCUCAGUUUGUUUCCUUUUUUACACUUUAAUUUGCUUCCUUCCUUUUAGAAAGUGUGUGUGUGUGUGUGUCCCCUACAUGGGUACAACAAAUGCACAUGUGAUUCUAAUAGCUGCACUUCAGUACUUGGAUGUAGUGAGCUCUCGGUGGAAAAUAAUCUCAUUUUAGUUCUUUCCAUGAGAAAAUAGCACUUCUUCUAGGAUAGAACGAAGCUAUUUAGCAGAAAGAUUUUAAUAAAGGCCAGCGAGUCUGGCUCUGUCUGGAGGAAACACAAUUAUUAACUCAUCACAUGUUUAAAGGGGCCAUAUUGUGCUAAUUUGCAGGUUCAUUCUUUUGUUUUAGAGUAUAACAGAUUGUGUAUCACUAAACAUUUUUCGCUCCUCUUCUCAAAGCGGCCUCAUAAACAUACAGGGUUCCUACGCAAGUAUGGAAAGUCUGGUCUCGGUCUGUGUUCAGAUAAGAUAUAAGAUACCGUCAAACGUGCUAGAAACUGUCAGAUAAAUAUUUGUGACAUAUUUUUUACAUUCUGCUGCAAAAGGAAAAAGUCAUAUGUGCUUUAUCUGCGAGUGACGACUCAAACUCGAAGGAUGUCAAAACAACUCUGUUUUAUUUUGUAAUGUAAACUCCAAAAAGCAAUUACGUGUGCUUUUUUUUGUUACAAAAUGCUCCAUCGAUCUGUUCUCUUUAUAGAAAAUAGAGUGCGCAUGGCAACAUGUAGGUUUGUCAACAGCCCGUCGCUGUUCAGCAUGUGCUUCCAAACACGACAGCAUCCCAUAAGAUGCUCACUGAGCUCAUCUCUUUUGUUUUUUUCCGUGAAGCUGGACACCGGUGGUGUGAAGUGGGUGGACGACGACACGUAUGUUUACAUGCAGUCGGCCGCUGAUGUCCAGGCUUGAUCGUAGGUCACUAAUUGUUCUUCCAGCUACACGAGGAACUGCAGUCUCUCCCUUCCCUUUACUCCUACGUAGGUUGCUGAUGAUGUCAAACUGUGGAUCUUAAUAAUAAGCUAGUUUGUUACUUGGCAAAAAUAAAGGUCUUAUUCUUUGUCGUCA